AUGGCUCGAGAUCGCGCCUGCGAUGCCUGUGCAGCUCGAAAGGUGAAGUGUGAUCGAGGCCUGCCGUGUAAACGAUGCAAGAGCCUCUCGAUCCAAUGCGUGGCUGAACGAAGGCGGCUCAAGGCCGGGCCAAAGGGGCCAUGGGCGCAGAGGAAGCGCGAGGCCCUGUUGAAUAAUAAGUCGGCAAUGGAGGCGGCCAUGAUCAAUAGAAAGUCGCCAAUCCCCGUAUCUGACGGCGAUGCGACUUAUCCGCAGCGGUCGCCACAACAAUCUCAUGCCUAUCCUGGCAUGAAUCGCAUUCCGUCGUCGGCGUUUGAGCAUUAUCUCGGUCUCUAUCAGCAAGCUCUGUAUCCCGUGUGGCCGGUGGUGAAGAUAGAGACCCUGCUCGAUCGGCUGCGGGACUCCACUGACAUCGAGGCAUAUGCACUUGCUGCAGCUGUCAGUGCAGUCACUAUUGCACAACUCAAGCCCAUGUCUCACGAGGCUUUGGGUCGUUUCGGGGGCGAUGAUGGCGCCUUUAUGGCUGCUGAGUCCUCGCGAGCAAGGCAUGAGAUGGACUAUCUAGAGCACCCUUCCACCAGUGUCUUGCUAUCUUCAUUCUUCUUACACGUCUCGUAUGCAAACCGUGGCCAUAUUCGAAAGGGGGCCAUGUUGCUACGUGAAGCCAUCACGUUUGCCCAGAUGCUGGGCCUCGAUAAGGCGAUGCAUUAUGCGAGUCUCUCUAAACUGGAGGCUCAGCGGCAUCUACGCAUCAUAUGGUUGCUUUUUGUGACGGAAAGAGGACACACUACUCGAUUUGACUUUCCAAGGAUACUGCAGCUUGAUCCUGAUCUACCCGAGUUGGAGGUAGACGAGAAUCCCCCAAUCCUAUUCGCCUUCAUCAGCUUGAGCAAGCUCUUCCAGGGCUUUGCCAACGCAAUGGAUGGCGAUGGAUCACCACAGACGUACGAGUAUUUUGCUUCCAUGCAUGCUCGGUUACGGGGCAUCAGCCAGGCCUCGCCAAACUGCACAGACUUACAGAGAGCCGACUUUCUCUUGACGCAGCAGUGGAUGAGGAUUGUAUUGUGGAAAACGUCCAUGUACUACAUCAAUCUCUUACCCAACUCGACAGAUGAAGGUCUAGGACUCUGUUUCCCGGAUCAUAUUGCGCGAAACGUAGUCAAGAACAUAGACGUAUUUCCCAGAUCCGUGAUUGAAGCACACGGACUCGGAAUGGAAAUGAAGCUAUUUGAGGUGGCAAUGUCCCUAGCUGACAUCCUACUUUGUCUCCCGACGACAUUCGAGGGCAAGCAGCUGAUGAAUGUUGGCCCGCGGGAUGUGUUGAAUCGCCUUUCCGAGUUUCUGACGUAUUUUCGAGGUGGUGGAGACAAUGUCAAGCUCCAGAUUUUGCAUGACAAGAUGCAGGAGAUUUCGAGGAGCAUUGCCCAGCAGCCUCGUCUAUUGGAGGAAGACCAAGAGCCAGAUGCUGAACCGCUCGAAUGGACUCGGCCUUGCGGAAAUGAGUCUUCGAUUGUGUUGUAG